AGGACGCGUGUGAUGUACUUGCCCUGUGUCAUGGGAAUCGCCACUUGAAGGGAAUAAUAUUCACGAACCGUUCACUGACCCCCGAACAACGAUAAUGAACCGAAUCACCUGGAGAUUGUGAACACCACAACAUCGAGGAUUUAUUUAAAUAACAUUUUAUCGGACAUUGGAACGUACGUCGGUGGGAAUAGAGACGCUAUGGCGUCCGUCAGAAUGUGUGUGUGUCGUUGAGGAAUUAUUUUUCGACGAGUUGCUACAGGAACAAAUUAAAAGCCACCCAAAAUACCUGACAAAACCUUGAAUAUCCCCAGGAGAUAUUCACAAUGUGAUCACCGAAAAACUGUCCCAAGAUCCCAUAAACCCCGAGUAACCAGUGAAAGAUAGUUUGAAUGUUGCACAAUGUCAAACAGUUUGGACAGUUUUUUGACACGAAUCGGAGACGUUACGAUAGAGAGAGUGGCACCAAGGAAUAAUCCUCGGUCGAGUACCUCAGGUACAGAUGAUGUGACAAUGACAUCAAGUAGUAAUCAGAGUGUCCAGGGCAUGAACGACGAGGAUUCGGAGGAGACAGGUGGUGAGACGAGUGACGGAGAACUGGAGAGAAAAGCCCUAUCUCUUCACCGAGAGGACCUGCGACGAUCAAACGAGGACAUGAAUUCCGAGGGUUCCGGUGACGACAUGGACCUUGACGAGACCAUCGACACAGAGAUAGGAGUGAGAAUGGACCUGGAGAGACAGCAGUCAGAGUCAUCGUGCCCUGACGACGACGUCGAAGCCGUUAAUAUACUGGACACUUUACCCCUGGAGGGCGCGCCAAUUGAGGGUCAAGAGGUGUCAGAGGCUGACCUCUUGGGUAAGCCUCUGUCCAAGGACGACGACACCGAGAGCCUGGGGACAUCCUCUCAUCCCCACUCAGACUCCGAGGAUGUACCCUCGAAGCGUCGUGGCUCCUCUGACGAUGCAGACCAAUCCAAGAAAAAACAGAAGAAAGACGAGGACGACCCUGAGCUUAAAUCCGAGAAAAAGCUCUCCAAUAUGCGCAGGAAUAUUCGUGAGGUGAUGGACGAGACACAGUUGGACGAGGCGACAUUGUCAGCUCAACGCCAGGAGAUGGAACGUUUAAGGAGGGUGCAGGAGCAGCAGAGAAUAAUUCGCGAGGUGCAGAGACAGAUUGCUAAUCACAGGCAGACAGCGAGAUCCCAGCCCAGAGUUAUAAGUCUACUCCAAGGAAAGCAGAACGAAGUGACGACUAUUUCUCAGUCGUCUUCAGGCCCCUCGCAGAUUAAAUCUCCAACUCUCCUCAUGAAUAUGCACUCUCCACCGAAUCAGCAGUCCUCUGCAUCCCUCUCAGGCUCAGCUCCACGAAGGCCACCUUCUGGAAUGCGUUGGAAGGGUCGAGGGGGCUAUCACUCACCCCCACAGCCCCAGAAUCAAUCUGUCAUGUCCAGAGUGAUGAGUAAAACACCAGUGCAGACUGUACUCCAGCAGAGGAUCAGAAUGAUGACACCAUCUGUCAGUAUUUCUCCAGUAGUACCCAAAAGGGAGCCCUUGGAUCACGUGCCCUAUUACUCAGACUCUGAUAUGUCUGAGGGAGAGCUCGAAGACAUCAACCAGGACCACAGAAAAAUUCCAACUCCAAAGCCACAAAAGGGAAAGGACGUGGUGACAAUUUCAAGCUCAUCAGAGUCCUCAGAUGAUGACUGCAUCGUUCUCAGUGAUCCCAGUGGAGGGGAGGAGACUGAUACUGAGGACGAUCCCUCCAACUCUGGGAUGCACACUAAUGAUCGUUAUAAUAUUCCUGAUGAACAUGCACGGGUGCUCAUUAAUGUCGGACACCCUGACAACGAGCCCGAUGUUUUUCUGGCGCCCCAGGUGGCGAGGAUCAUCAAGCCACAUCAGAUCGGGGGGAUUAGGUUCCUGUUUGAUAAUAUUGUGGAGAGCAUCGAGAGGUACAAGAUCUCCUCCGGCUUUGGAUGCAUUCUCGCUCACAGCAUGGGACUGGGGAAAACUCUCCAGGUCGCCAGCUUCUGCGAUAUAUUUUUCAGAUGUACUACUGCCAAAACUGUUCUCUGCAUCAUGCCUAUUAAUACUCUCCAGAACUGGUUGGCUGAGUUUAAUAUGUGGCUACCUUAUGAGGAUCCCAAUUCUAGACCUCGUCAUUUUCAUCUGCACAUUUUAAAUGAUUCCCACAAGACGAUGGCAGCUAGGGCCAGGGUCAUAAAAGAGUGGCAGAAAGUUGGAGGAGUCCUACUGAUUGGAUAUGAACUCUACAGGCAGCUGUCCCUGAAGAAAUCCAACAAGGGGAAACGAAGGAGAGGACAGCAGUUUAAGGAUACUGUCGAUCUAGAAGAGGAGGACAAGAACAAACCUCUCCUCGACGAGAUGCAUGGGGCCCUGGUGAAUCCUGGGCCCGAUUUAGUCAUCUGCGACGAGGGCCACAGGAUCAAGAAUUCUCAUGCGAGCAUCAGUCUAGCAUUGAAACAGAUGAGAACAAAGAGGCGUAUUGUUCUCACAGGAUAUCCCCUCCAGAAUAAUCUUCUCGAGUAUUGGUGCAUGGUGGACUUUGUUCGACCCAAUUACCUCGGAACCAAAGCCGAGUUCUGCAAUAUGUUCGAGAGGCCCAUUCAGAAUGGCCAGUGUAUCGACUCAACACCCCAGGACAUUCGACUAAUGAGAUAUCGAGCGCACGUUCUUCAUGCCCUGCUGGAGGGUUUUGUCCAGAGGCGAUCGCACUCGGUCCUCCAGAUCUCCCUUCCUCGAAAAGAGGAAUACAUUUUGCUCGUGCGGAUGACUCCCCACCAAAGGAAGCUCUACGACACAUUCAUGAAUCAAGUAGUGAAGACCAGGGCUGUACCAAAUCCCCUGAAGGCUUUUGCCGUUUGCUGCAAAAUCUGGAAUCAUCCGGAUAUUCUUUAUCACUUCCUGAGGAAGAGACAGGCGAACGAAGAGGACGAUCUCGAUCUCGAGGAGACGAUCGAGAAGACAGCACCUGGAAACAAGAGGACAAAGACCAGGGGCAAGGGAGAGAAAAAGGGGAAGAAGGUGGCGGUGGUGAAGAACAAACCUGCAGCAAGUGUUCAACCCAAUUCUUCAGGCAGUGUUAAUGAUAAUACUGAGGAGAGUGGAGAUGGUAAAGGAAAUUUUGCAGGAUUCCAGCAGCAGGUGCCUGGAAAUAUUAUUAAUCAGAACCAGGGAAAUUCCCAAGGAUUUGGACAGAAUUACCAGGAGUUCAGGAAUAAUGAGCAGGGAACUUACUUCAGGGGGGAGGGAACUGAGUAUAAUGAGUUCUAUAAUAAUCAGAAUCAGAGGUAUCAACAAAAUCAGCAGUUUCAGGGGUACCAGGGGGGUAAUUAUCAACAGGGAUAUACUCAGGGGCAGUCACAUGGACCGAACUUUGUGGCUGGCGAGGGCCAGGGGAAUCAGAAAUUCUCGAAUUCUCAGACUCCGGAGUUUCGAGAUCAGGGGAAUAAUACGAAUUAUGAGAUGGGAGGAAUGUUCAAUAGGGGAUAUCAGUUUCAGGAGCAGAGGAAUUAUCCUGCUAAUGCUCCUGGAGGACAGAUUUCUCAGAAUCUUCCUCAGAAUUAUCAGAACCAGAAUCAGAAUCAGACGCAGAAUCAGAAUCAAAGUCAGAGCCAGCCCCAACCCCAGAGUCAGAACCAGAAUCAGAGCCAGAAUCCUCCAGUGGAUUACAAUUAUCAGAACCAAAACCAGAAUCAGAAUCAGAAUUAUCAAGCACCAGGGGGAACUCAGAUAUUCAGGAAUGAUAAUCAAUUGACUUCGUACCCACCGGGACAGAAUCCGCCUUCAAUUAAUCAAACUCCAGGGGCUCCAGGGUACAUUACCACUCAAAAUGCUCCAGCACCUCCUCAGAGCCAGACUGCAAUGCUUCCUGGAGGAUAUCCCCCGGGAGGACAGCCCCAGGGAACUAAUUAUCCACCUGGAGGCCAAGGGCAGGGGCCCAAUUAUCAGCAGAAUCCCCAGGGCCAGGUGUUCCCCCCUCAACAACAUAAUUACAUCAACAAUCAGAGCCAGAAUUCAACUCAGAACUCAAAUCAGAGUCAAUUGAGAUACCAGAACUCUCAGUCUUUCCCUGGUCAGAGUUAUCCGACAGCUCCAGCCCCUCAAACCCCCCAGGUUCAGAGGUAUCCAGCCCCCCAGGGCUUCACUCACCCCCAAAAUCCCCCGGAAACCCCAAAUCCCCCGGGGAAUUACCAGAAUCCCCAGACCCAACUCCAGACAUUCCCUCCUGAUGGAACCCCCCAACAGCAAAAUCAGUUCAAGGGGCCCGAGGAUCGUUUCAACUGGCAGGGGAACUACCAACAGGUAUCCCAAAACCAGUGGGACAAUAGAUACCCAGCGAACUAUUUCCCCCAGAACUACCAGAACUACGACUACCAGUCAAACCCUGAAGUCAUAAAGACAGAGGACAAAUCAGUCCCUGGAUCAAACCUGAUGAGACCUGGAGUUCCCACAUUCGCCCCGAAGAAGGAAACCAACGUGGGAAUUCAGACACAACCACUGCCUCCAUCGAGUUACACCCAAACCCCUCCAGAGAGUGUCAACCCCAGAGUUCAAUCCAUGAAUUUUGGGAGUAGAAAUCCCUCGGAUAUCUCCAAGGAAGAGGACAAGGAUAAAGAUGAGAUUCUAAUUGAAAAGGAGAAGACUCUGGAGGACAUUAAGUCCGAUGACGAGGUUUUGCUGAAGGACGAGGAAAAGGACUUGAAGAAUUCUCCAAAUGCCAAGGAAGACCCUGGAAUUCCUUACGACUGGGCCAUAGACUUGAUGAAGAAUUAUGUUGAGGGGUUGAUCGAUGCAUCUGCCAAGAUGACUCUCUUUUUCUGCAUUCUCACUGAAUCCAUUCGCCUGGGAGAUCGUGUCCUGGCGUUUUCACAGUCUCUAUUUACGUUGAAUCUGAUUGAGGAUUUCCUAGCUAGAAAUGACUUCAAGAAUCCCGAUGGAACUACCGAGAAGUGGAUCAAGAAUGUUAAUUAUUACCGACUCGAUGGCAGUACCAGUGCCCUCGAGAGGGAGAAGCUCAUUAAUGAGUUCAAUGUUAAUCCCAAGAUUCAUCUGUUCCUGGUUUCUACGAGGGCUGGAUCUCUGGGGAUUAAUCUAGUGGGGGCCAACAGGGCCAUUGUCUUCGAUGCCAGUUGGAAUCCCUGUCAUGAUACUCAGGCUGUCUGCAGGGUUUAUAGGUAUGGCCAGAAGAAGCCAUGCUAUGUGUACAGAUUGGUCACGGAUAAUUGUUUGGAGAGGAAAAUUUACGACAGGCAGAUCAGUAAACAGGGAAUGGCUGACAGAGUUGUUGAUCAGUGCAAUCCUGAUGCACAUUUAUCCUUGAAGGAAGCCACUACCUUGUCUUGGGAGUUUGAGGAGGACAGUCAAGUCCAGGACUUCUCCUCGAACAAAGACAGCUAUACGGAUGAAAUAAUGCAUACAGUUCUGGAGAAGCACUCGUCCCUCUUAACGAAGCAACCAUUCCACCACGAGAGUCUUCUGGUGGACAGAAAAGACAAGAAACUGUCUCAGGCUGAAAAACGUCUAGCCCGAAGGGGUUAUGAGCUCGAGAAGAUGGCAGCCAAUUGUUCCAGGCCGAGUUACAAUUAUAUUCCAGGAAAUACAGCAACGAGAGCUGGGGGUCUACAGAUUCGAGCAAUUCGUGGUGGUGACACAGUGGCACCAAAACCUGUCGCCUCAGUUCGACCAAUGCAGCAACGAGGAGCGGAAGGUCUGGGUGCCAGAGGUGUCGUUGGCUCCAGAUGGAUUCCAGCUGAGGUCUGGCAACGCCAGGGCAUGAGUGCCCAGGAGAUGACACUCCCCCUAGACGUUGUAAUUCCCACAAAUUCCCCGGACAAGAGCAGCAUCGUCCUGAAAGCUGGCCAACGUGUGAUGGUCCUGAAGAGCCCGAAAGGUAUUUACAUGCAGCUGGAGUCAGGGAAAAUUAUAGCAAUACGCACAGCCCUGAAGUUAAACCAACAGAAGCGAGAGGAAGAGCCCAAAAAGAUUUCAUCAGCAACAGUAACCUCGCCGAGAGCCCAGAAUCACCCCAACAGUCUGCCCCAGCCCCAGAAUCAGAAGCCAGAGGUGAGUUUUCCCCUCAGGAAUAACUCAGCCAUAUCCAUAAUUCCAAAAACCACAUCUACCAGUGGCCCAGCCACACCAAGACCUCUAUCAAGACCCAGCAGUGGAUCAGGAUAUCGGCAGUUCCCUGAGAAGGAUCCCAAGAGACCGAGACCUGUAAUUCCCACUCCAGUCCUCAGAAAUCUCAAUCAAAUGGCUCUAAAUAAUCAGGUGUCACUCCAGAGAGUCCCCAAAAAACACGAUAUGGAUCACUCCGCUGGUGAGAACUCAAACUCGUCGGACUCUCAACCGAGAACUGAUCAGAGGGUGGAGGAGGUCAGACUCGAGGACAUCGUCGCCGAAGCUGGGAACAAUCCUGAGUACAGCCCAUCUACCCAGAGGAUUCCUCAUGAUGUCAACUCUGAGGAGAAACACGAGGAGAUGAGGAGUUUCGAGCCAAAGGUCUCUGUCCAGAGUGUCCAGACACAGCACUCCGAGGAGAAGAGUUUGGAUGAAAACGAGAUGAGAAGUGGUUAUGGAUACCAAGGGAAGAGUGACGAUGAAAUUAUUAUCGAGGAGAGUGUCAGGCCACCUCAACACCAGGUCCAGCAAGUUGUCAAUCCUCAGGUUCAACAGGUUGUCAAUCCCCAGGUGCAGCAAGUUGUCAAUCCUCAGGUUCAACAAAGUGUUGUUAAUCCCCAGGUGCAACAGAAUAAUCAACAGGGGGUUCAAAAUAUCCAGAGUGUUCAGAAUGUUCAGAGGCAGGAGAUGACAACUGGAAAAAUGCCUAUAAUCGAAGCACAUCCACAGGGACAGAUUGAGGAUCAAAGACAGGUUGAAGAGGAUCCCCAUGGGAGGAUGCCACAGGAAUAUCCUUAUGCUGAAUAUCCAAGGUAUUAUGAAUAUCCUGAUCCCAGGGCGAGGGGAAUUACUGGACCUGGAAUCUAUGGGGGAUUCUACCCUGGAACCGUUACCAAGGAUGGGACUAAGGGCGAGGAAAGGUUCACACAGGGGCCUCAGGGGACCCAACCACCUCCGGGGGAACAGCAGUCCCAGGUACCUCAGGUUGAGGGGAACGGGGUGAAAAGUGAGGGGACUGCCGUGGCUGGUAAUGUACCCACGGCUUUUACUCAUCCUGGGGGACGAUAUCCUGGAGGAUAUCCACCCACACCUUACGAGGGUUAUGGGCAGCAUUAUCCUGCAGGCUCUACUGGGGCAUAUCCACCUGGAACUCCAGGAUACGGGGCCUAUGGCACACCCUCUUACAACGCAGACUACGCAAGAAUGUAUUCAGCUCUGCAUCCACCACCUCCACCAGUGGCUGACCCUUACAUGCAUCGGGGUUAUGCACCACCACCGACUAACACCCCAUCGAGCUAUUACGCACCCUUUCCUCAUCCACCACCACCCCCUUAUCCAAAUUACUCGUAUUUCCCAGCCUAUCCGAAUCCAAAUAUUCCCAAUGAAUCACAGCCGCCUACUCAGUAAGUUAAUUAACUCUCCACGCGUGCUGUUACUUCAUUUCCAAUUAUUCUCAAUGAAAAGAAACUUGACGAGGUAUGAAAUCAUUGACGAACAAUUUUUACUUAAUUUUUUUCACUUCGAUAAUAUCGAUUGCGACGAUUUUUUCAGUGAGAGAACUCACUUUUUUUCUAAGAGAUGAGAUUUUUUUACUCAGCGUUUGUUUUUUAUUGAAAAUUUUGGUGCGGAUGGGACGCGAGAGGGAUGUAAUUAACGAGUGAAAGAUGAUUUCAUAUCUCAUUACUGGAGAUUUUCGAGAGACAACGUAGACUGAAGCUUUAAGACACAUCGUUGUAAAAUGGUUAGUCACAAAUAACUUAUUACUACGUGGAAUAUCUUUAUUUGAAAGAAUUUUUAGUGCAAUGAAGGCAAGGGGAUCGAUAGUGAAGUUCCUUCGAUAUUUAUGGGGAGAGACGUUUAAACAAUUUGAGAGAUUGUUAAAUAAUAAAAUAGUAACAUUUGAAUCUACUGAAGUAACAACAGUGGGGACGAAUAAUUGAUAUCUCUCCCCAAUAGAAUAUGAUUUUACUCCUUCGUUUAAUCGAAUGUAAAAAUACACGAUUUAUUGAGUACUUCUCUCAUAACUGCAAUUCGAUAUGAAUCACUUGAAUUGAAGAUGAAAAAAAAAUUGCGCCAACUCUCAGCACAACAUGACAUCUUUUUUAUACCGAAUAAUUUACAAUAAUCCAUCGAUGUCCAUUUGCUUUAUGUAAAUAACUGAAUUGACGUAUACGAUUUUUUUCUCCAUUCAUUUUUGUAUCAAAGUCUCUAAAAUGUGCGCCAAACGAUGAGGAAAAGCUAACUAACCUUAUGAAUUUUUACAUGCAUUAAAUACGUACAGUAUUCACAUUAGCAGCCAGUACACUCGAUUAAAUCAAUUGUAUCGAUAGAGGUUGUAUAUGAAUAGGCGUAGAAUGUUAAGGAUCACAAUUCUUAUCAUUUCUUCAUUCAUGAGUAAGAGAGAGAAUACGAACGAUAAUGUCAAAUUGGGUAACCGAGGGGAUUUUUGAUUUGAAGAAUUACCCGAUUACUCAUAUGAUCUUACUGUAGAUGUAGAUCUGUAUUAGCAUUCUGUCCAAGAAAUUGAUCAAUUGAGGGGACAGCUAAAUUUAUAAAAACGAAAAAAACCAAUUAAAUUCAUUAGAUAAAAAAGAAAAAAUAAUUAUGAUAAUGGGGAGUGCUUCGGUAGGUUCGCAGGUUCUUCACAUUGUACUGUGAUAUUUCGUAGAAUAAAGAGCCGAUCGAUUAUUAAUUUGACCAAUUGGAAUGUUGAUCAAUUGAAAUGCGAAUUUUUUAAAGUAAUUUUUACUGAAAUACUCAUCUUACUUCAGAUUUACUCUUCGUUAAUUUUUUUUUGUAGUUUUUUUUAAUUUACUCUGCGUUAUUUCUGUGGAAUUAUUGAAGGAAUUCGGAAUUGGGUGGAAUGCAGAUCUGCCUGCAUUUAAUAUCUCUGCACUCCCUGAGGAUUUGGUGGUAAAGGGGCACAAUGAGAUAAACCGAUUUUGUCCGGAGGUCAGUUUUUCCGGGGAUAUCUUGAAAGCCGAAGGAGACAGCGAAAUAUUUGUGGGAACUUUUUUGCGUCUUUUCAUUUUCUUUAUGGAAAAGCUCCUGUGGGUUUUUUUUCUAUCUCUCGCCGAUUUCGAGAUAUUUCUUAAAAACCGAUGGGGAAAUUUUCGAAAUCGAGUUAUCGAGUUUAGCCACUGAAACUGCUGAAGUAUAUAAAUAUUAAUAGACCAAUUAUAAUUGCGCAUUGAGCUGAAAUAAGUGGAGCUAAUAUGCAGUACAGGUUUAGGAAAUUUUCAUUGAUCUAGAGGUAAUUGAGGUGAGAUAACUGAUAAAGAUUGGGAUGAAAUUGUGAAAAUUGAGAAAUUGAGUUUCAAAGGCGUUUUUUAGUUUUUAAGUGUACAGAACAAAACUAGUAUUGGAUCGCCAUUUUUCUCGGUGACAUGAAAUAAAUUCCAGAUAUUUCGAAUUAAAAUCAAUGAGAAACGAGGAAAACUAUAUAUGUAUAGAUAAAAUUUUAUUUUGUCUUUGUUAUAGCUUCUUUGCCAUUUACAUAACUGUAAAUAGCCAUUAUUUACAUUUUCAUACGUUUUAUUUAUUCAACUCUAGCCGAGCGAUGUAUCAUGUUUUUUCUCCUUCGUUUGUAUGAUUUUUCAUCUAACGAAAAUUGAAAUUACGAUUUGGAAAGAGGAAUUUUCGAUCUUAUGUAAUAUAGUGAUUGUUUAUCAUCGACGGUAUCGUUUUUCAUCCUAAUGUUGUUGAGAGAACCAAUAUUGAAUCAGAGGUCAUAUAUGGAUAUAUAUAUUUGUUUUUAAGUUUCAUGGAACCUAGGGGGUAUUGACGACCGAGUCGAUCGAUAUUGCCGACUGCAUGUAAAUGCUUAUGAAGUAAAAGUAAUUAUGAAAUUAUGAAUGUCAUGAAUAGGGCUGUAAUUGACGGUAACUACUCGAUUACAACAAUUUUGAAAUA